AAAUCACGGCUUUUUCAUAUUCUAAAAAUGCCAAAGGGUUUUUCUGAUAAAAGUAAAAAACGUUUAAACAGUUAUGAUAUGUUUCAAAUGGUUAUACCAUUUUUCGUAUUUUAUAAUACCUUUAUCUUUUAGAGAGUAGUUCCCUACUAAUGGGCAAAAUAUGAUAUGUAAUCACUUUAGGGGGCUUCUUUAGAUGGUCCUAGAAAACGAUCGAAAUAUCCGCCAUUUUAGGUGAAAGUCUGCAAGUUUUUUCAGCCAGAGCUGUUUUCUGACCACUUCCUACCUAACUACUACAAAAAAAGUCAAAAACCCCUUUUUCCAAAAAGUGGUUGGAUACCCAUGAAUUUACCCACGUAUUUUGAGCUGCUCCAUCACAUCAAUGACAACUGAAUAAGAUUGAAUGAUGUUACCAGCGCACUCCACUAAGUGUUCCUAAGGCGUAUCUAUAAGGAUAAAGUUCGAUUUAAUGUUAUAGAUGCAUAACAUUAAAAGGAAUCUACCUGGGAUCCGGUUCAGGCGUACCUCAAGUGGACAACAAGCGUUCACAUAUACUUUGAGUACUCAGUCAUACAAACAACGAUUCUAUUUGACUGACUGAUGCCAUCAGCGUACACUACUAAGUGUCCCUAGGAUAUAUCCAAAGAGACAAAGUGUGAUAACGUGUUAUCUCUGUGUAGCAAUAAACUCAAACUAGCUGGGAUCCCCAGGUGGUCGUACCAGGGUUAACUGAAUUAAUCAUUAAAAUAAAAAAUAAAAUAAAAUAACUUUUAUUAUAAAUCUUUCUUCUCUUUACUGUUACGUUACAAAACUUUUUCUUAUAAAUCAUCAUAGAUUUGGGCAAACAUUCAAGUAACUGACACUCCAGCACGUAUGGAUUUUGAUUUAACCCAGAGAAAAAAUUGGAGACCGUUUUUUGAUAAUUCAUUUCCAAAACCAGCAACAUUUGACACCAUACAACCAACUGAUUUACAUUAUGAAGCAACACGAUCAGAAGAUGUUGAUUUUAUUCAAAAAACAAUUCAAGAAACAUUAAGAAAUAAAAUAAUUGAGUGGCGAGAACCACAUGUGACACGAUGGCAUUGGCUAUGUCAAAAGAAACUUCAAGAGCUUAUUAAAAGAAAGGAACUUUUCAUCGUACGAAAUACAAUGCAAGAAGUUGAUCAAGAACUUACAGAAUUUCAGAAUACACACAAUAUAUCUGGUUUUCCUCUUCAAAUGCCCUAUACAUCAAUACAAGCAAUACUCGAUGCGGUACAAUCGACAAAAAUAUUUGAACAUCCAACAAAUGAAAUUGAAUUUUGUCUAGCUGUUCAUAUACAUGCAUAUCCAAAUAAUAUUCUAGCUGUUUGGAUAUAUAUUGCGAAUUUAACUAGAAAAAUCACUUAA